GGGAGAUAGCCCCAGACGCUGGGCUACGGGCGGAGGCGGGCUGGGGGGGAGGGAAGCAGCCAGAGGGUGGCCGCCGCCUGCGCUGCGCCCGGGAGCGAAUUGGAAGAAUCCAGGAUGUUAAGGCUUUGAAAAAUAGACAUCUUAUUAGACUACCAUAGUGAAGCUGAAAAGGUAGAUGCAGUUCCAAGUACCAGGUUGAGUGACCUUGUGUACACCGUGUGUAUGUAUAUACCCACAUAUUUCCAUAGCCACGCUGACUUGUUCUUGCAUGCUCCUGGGAGUUUCGCAAUUGAUGAAAAUUAACUUAAGAACCAGAUGGAGGAACUUGACAGCACAGGGAUCAAGAGCCCAUGGAAAGACACCUGCCACUAAUGGUCCGCUUUCCACAUGGUCUUCACGGGUGAAAAAGGUUUGCAAGAAGAGGAAGAAAGAACACCCUCUGCCACAGAACAAGCCUCACAAAUAUCUCCACAAUCUAAAGGAAUAAUUGAGAGGCAGUGUGGGGAGGAAACUGACUUAGAUAUUGCAAAAGGAACAAUGAACUGUCUUUGGCACAUUUUUUGCAUUGAGCUCAGUAAACUUUAAUUGAGUUUAAUGUACUGGACUAAUAAAUAGUGACCAUUUAUUGUGUGGUAAUGACUGGAAGAAAGUAAGUUUAGAAACAAUGGGACAAGUUUGGGCAUUGAACUGACAAACCUCAUCCUCUGUAUUGAGUUAACCAGGUCAUUGAACGUACUUUGUCCCUUCCUUUUCUUUUCUCUUUCUGCUUAGUAUGGUAUAAACUCAUAAAUGUUAUUCAUCUAAAACCAUCAGAAUACUACGUAUGUUUCCUUCAUGUACAGCUGCAAAUGUGGUCUUUUGGAACUAUGAAUCUGAGCUCUAGACAAGCCUCAAGAAGGAAGGAGCCCAUCAAACAAGGAAGGAAAAUAACUAGGGAAAUAGUGAAACUGGGAAGUCCGAUUUCUAGUGCUGCUCCUCUUUUUUUUGUUUGUUGAUCAUUUUUCUUCCUUCCUCGAAUCCUAGAAGGUUUGCAAAUGAGUGCUUUCUUGACAUGCUUUAAUUUUGGCACUUGUUUUUGCACCAGGGUGAAAAGUCUGAUUCUUUUGUAGCAGGAAAAAGGGAAAAGUAAAAGGAAAAACAGCCUGACGUGCAGCCCUAUUCUGUAGGAGCGAGAAUUUCAUGGUUCACCUGAGGCAAACUUAUCUGCUCUAAAAGCUUUGGAGGAUUUUUGAUUCUGCUAAAUGAAAAGGGGUUUUCUUUUUCAUGCCUGUGUGGCAGCGAGAAGUGGGAAAGCAGGCGAGAUAGCAUGAUAAACAGUUCAGGUUGUGUUGGGUCUCUGGUGGAAAAAAGAGCUGCAAUGAAAAUAGGACUGUCUUUGGAUUGCAAAAACCAUUGAAUCCACCGAGUAGAUUAGUACCGAGAGGGAUUUCCCAUCUGGCCUGGCACGGUGGUACCUGCACAAGCUCGGAUCUGUUGUUUCGCACGGUUUGUGUGCCUUUUUUUCCCUUUAUGCAAUCUCUUUCAGCUUUAGCAGCAGAAAUUCGCUUGGUGGAGAAGUUAUGUCAGAGGGCAGCUUGGGAAAGAUGAAUGUCAUAUAUAUCUACAUGUAUAUGUGUGUGCGUGUUUAAAUUUCUGCGACUGAACUUUUGAAGAAAAUCUGACUGGAGGAAAUCUUAAAGCCUUAAGUUACUUGAAAUCUACACAUUUGCAACUCUUUGUCUCUGGAAUUGCAUUACGCUAAACUGGAAUCUCAGGCUGUAUAAAGAUUAUAUCAAAUUGAGCAAAAAGACGACUUACCACUUCUUGAGCGCCUCUUAUGAAGUAGCUGUUUCUCCAAAGGAUAAGUGCACCCUCACUCUAAUGACUCAAAGACAAAAGGAACUUGAUUUUUUUUUUAAGUGUUACUUUUUCUUAGCCAACUGCCAUUGUCUUUUAUAGAAGAAUUUUUCACUAUGCAUUUGGUGGAUAUUUAUAAACACUGAUCCGUGUUCUCCCCUCCAAUGAUCUAUCCCAGAUCAGUCUUAUCAAUAAAAAAAUAGAUUUAAAUUUUGUGCACUGGACAUAUUACUUUCUUAUGUCAACAAUUAAAGAUAAAAAAAAGCAUGUAUGCAGCAGUGGAACAUGGGCCUGUUCUCUGCAGCGAUUCCAACAUCCUCUGCCUCUCCUGGAAAGGUAGAGUUCCCAAAAGUGAGAAGGAGAAACCAGUGUGCAGGAGGCGGUACUAUGAAGAAGGCUGGCUGGCAACAGGCAAUGGCAGAGGAGUUGUCGGAGUGACUUUCACCUCCAGUCAUUGUCGGAGAGACCGGAACACCCCUCAGAGAAUCAACUUCAACCUGAGGGGACACAACAGCGAGGUUGUACUGGUGAGAUGGAAUGAACCAUUCCAGAAACUGGCAACCUGCGAUGCAGAUGGAGGAAUUUUUGUUUGGAUUCAAUAUGAAGGCAGAUGGUCUGUGGAGCUUGUGAAUGAUCGCGGGGCACAGGUGAGCGACUUUACAUGGAGCCAUGAUGGAACUCAAGCACUCAUCUCCUAUAGGGAUGGAUUUGUGCUGGUUGGUUCAGUCAGUGGACAGAGACAUUGGUCUUCGGAGAUUAACUUGGAGAGUCAGAUCACUUGUGGCAUAUGGACUCCUGAUGAUCAGCAGGUAUUGUUUGGCACUGCUGAUGGUCAGGUUAUCGUCAUGGACUGCCAUGGCCGAAUGCUGGCACAUGUUCUCCUUCACGAGUCAGAUGGCAUCCUCAGUAUGUCUUGGAACUACCCCAGCUUCCUGGUGGAGGACAGCAGUGAAAGUGACACAGAUUCUGAUGACUACUCCCCACCGCAGGAUGGUCCAGCUGCAUAUCCGGUCCUGGUGCAGAACACCAAACCACUACUCACUGUCAGCUUCACAUCAGGAGACAUUAGUUUAAUGAACAACUAUGAUGACUUGUCUCCUACUAUCAUCCGCUCAGGGUUGAAAGAUGUAGUGGUGCAGUGGUGUACACAGGGAGACCUGUUGGCUGUAGCAGGCAUGGAAAAGCAAAGUCAGCUAGCUGACCUUGGUAGCAGUUCCAUUCUGAAAAGUGCUCUCGUCAAGUUCUACAAUGUCCGUGGGGAACAUAUCUAUACGCUGGAGACUCCUGUGCAGCGUCCCAUAAUCUCCAUUUGCUGGGGCCACAGGGACUCACGCCUGCUCAUGGCUUCCGGCCCUGCACUCUAUGUUGUCAGAGUAGAGCACAGGGUCUCCAGCCUGCAGCUCCUAUGCCAGCAGACCAUCGCUAGCUCUCUGCGGGAUGACAAGGAUAUCAGCAAACUGACUCUGCCUCCUCGGCUCUGCUCAUACCUCACCACUGCCUUUAUACCAACAAUCAAGCCUCCUAUCCCAGACCCCAACAAUAUGAGAGAUUUUGUCAGCUAUCCAACAGCUGGCAAUGAAAGGCUUCACUGCACGAUGAAGCGGACAGAAGAUGAUCCGGAGGUCGGAGGUCCAUGCUACACGCUGUACUUGGAAUACCUAGGGGGACUGGUACCUAUCCUAAAAGGGCGCCGAAUCAGCAAACUGCGGCCAGAAUUUGUCAUCAUGGAUCCUAAAACCGAUGGAAAAGCAGAUGAAAUCUAUGGAAACAGCUUGAUUUCCACUGUGAUUGACAGCUGCAACUGCUCAGAUUCCAGUGAUAUUGAACUGAGCGAUGACUGGGCUGCGAAGAAAUCUCCCAAAAUCACUCGAGCUAGCAAAUCACCCAAACUCCCCAGAAUUAAUAUAGAUGCCCGCAAAUCUCCAAAGUUGUCGCGAGCUGCUCAGGAGAUAUCAAGAUCUCCAAGGUUACCAAUAAGGAAACCUUCUAUUGGUUCACCAAGCCUAACUCGACGAGAGUUUCCAUUGGAAGAUAUCACUCAGCACAAUUACCUUGCUCAGGUCACGUCUAAUAUCUGGGGAACCAAAUUUAAGAUUGUGGGUUUGGCUGCUUUCCUACCAACUAAUCUUGGUGCAGUGAUUUAUAAAACGAGCUUGCUGCAUCUCCAGCCCAGACAGAUGACUAUUUAUCUCCCUGAAGUGCGUAAGAUUUCCAUGGACUACAUUAACCUGCCUGUCUUCAACCCCAAUGUUUUCAGUGAAGAUGAAGAUGAUUUACCAGUAACUGGAGCAUCUGGAGUUCCUGAGAACAACCCCCCCUGCACCGUCAAUAUCCCUAUUGCUCCUAUUCACAGCUCAGCGCAAGCUAUGUCACCGACUCAGAGCAUAGGACUGGUCCAGUCCUUGUUGGCCAAUCAGAACGUGCAGUUGGAUGUCUUGACCAAUCAGACGACAGCAGUGGGGACAGCAGAGCAUGGGGGUGAUAGCGCAGUGCAGUACCCAGUCUCAAGCAGGUACUCCAAUCCAGGACAGGUGAUUUUUGGAGGAGUGGAAAUGGGGCGCAUCAUCCAGGCACCGCCUCAGUUAUCCCUGCAACCGCAGGGUGCAAUACAGAUGGCGAUAAUGGAUCACAGAGACGGAGACAGAGACCACGAACAUCACCAAAAGGCAAAAACUUUACGGCCAGUGCAGCAGCUGGCAGAAGGGGACGCUGUUGUCUUCAGCACUGCACAAGAAAUACAACUGAACAAAAUGAACCCGCCCCCUCCUUACCCUGGAACCAUACCAGCCGCUCCCACUGCACCACCGCCUCCCCCACCUGUCCCACCCCAGCCACCUAUGGAUCUCUGUCUGAAAAAGGGAGACUUUUCUCUUUAUCCAGCAGGACAUUAUCAGACCCCUCUUGGCUACGAGCGAAUAACGACCUUUGAUAGCAGUGGGAAUGUUGAAGAAGUAUGCCGGCCUCGAACGAGGAUGCUGAAUACUUAUACCCUGCCGGGUCCCGGCAGCUCUGCCACUUUAAGGAUUACAGCAACAGAGAAGAAAAUCCAGCAGCCCUGUUCCAGUGCUACCCUGAACAGGCUGACAGUUCCUCGUUAUUCUAUACCGACUGGGGAUCCACCACCUUACCCAGAAAUUGCCAGCCAGCUGUCACAGGGCCGUAGCAUCACACAGAGGCUGGACAGUAGUAUUAUCCAUGCUACUCUGCGGAGGAACAGCAGAGAGGCAGCUCUGAAAAUGGCUCAGUUGGUCGACAGCCAAAGAGCCACUUUACAACAUCCAUCAAAACCUAAGAGCAAUGUUGUGACAGCACAGUACCAGCAGAGGGCACCGACAGCUUUAUACACCUGUAGUCAAUGCAGCAGCAGCAGUAACAGCAACACGAGUAGCAGCGGUGGUGGGAACAUCAGUAAUGCCAAUGCUAGUAACAGCACUUCCAGUAUUAGCAGUAUGAGGCCUGACGUAACCAUUGGGAGCAGUUCCCAACACAGUUCUGUCAUUGCUCACUCAGUCAGUACUUCGCCCUUGGCCUCCCAGUCCUCAUACAAUUUGCUGAGCCCACCCGAUAACUCUCGUGAUCGGACAGAUUAUAUCAACUCUGCCUUCACAGAGGAUGAGGCACUUUCUCAGCACUGUCCAGUGGAGAAAUUGAUAAGGCACAUGCCUGUAGCCUUGACAGAGGCUGCCGUUGGUGUGAAGCGGCCACCCCCAUACCAGUGGGACCCUAUGGUGAGUGAGGAGAUAUGGGUUCCUCAGGAAAGGACAGCUCAAAAUUCAGUGCCCAACCCUCUCAAACCUGCUCCUCUAAUUGGUCAAGCUCAGCAUCUUGAUAUGUCUCGAGUGCCAUUUGUUUCCCCCAAAUCUCCCACCAGUCCCACUGCCACUUUCCAGAUGAGUUAUGGGGUUGGAGUACCUUAUCCAGGAAGCUACAGUGCCCCUCCUCUCCAGGGAAUGCAGGCCCCCUGUUCCCCCAAAGAAGCUCUGGCCCCAACACAGUUUGCACAACAAGAGCCAACUGUAGUACUUCAGCCAGGUUAUCCGUCUAACCUCUCCUAUUGCCCUUUGCCACCCAUGUAUCCAGGAAGUAGCACUUGCUCUAGUUUACAGCUGCCACCAAUAGCCUUGCACCCAUGGAAUUCCUACAGUGCAUGCCCGCCUGUACAGAAUUCCCAAGGCACUUUGCCCCCCAAGCCACUUCUAGUGGUGGAGAAGCCAGUUAUGUCUCCGCCGCCAGCAGAGCUUCAGGGUCACGUGGGCACAGAAGUAAUGGUGGAGACAGCAGACACCUUCCAGGAGGUUCUCUCCCUCACAGAAAGUCCCAUUCCUCAACGGACAGACAAGUUUGGGAAGAAGAACCGGAAGCGCCUGGAUAGUCGAGCUGAGGAAGGAAAUGUGCAGGCUAUCACAGAGGGCAAGGUCAAAAAGGAGGCAAGGACACUGACUGACUUCAACUCCCUAAUAUCCAGCCCUAGGCUAGGAAGGGAGAAAAAGAAAGUCAAGAGCCAGAAGGACCAGCUGAAGUCAAAGAAGCUGAACAAGACGAAUGAGUUUCAGGACAGUUCAGAGAGUGAGCCAGAGCUUUUUAUCAGUGGGGAUGAACUGAUGAACCAGAGCCAAGGCAGCAAAAAGGGAUGGAAAACCAAAAGGAAUUUGAGGACAGCCAGUGAGCUGGAUGAGUUCAAGUGCCGGAAGGCCAACGAAAAGGAGGAUGGGAGGCUGGGAAGCCAGGGCUUUGUGUAUGUGAUGGCCAACAAGCAGCCCUUGUGGAACGAGGCAACACAAGUGUAUCAGCUGGACUUCGGAGGACGGGUGACCCAGGAGUCUGCAAAAAACUUUCAGAUUGAGCUGGAAGGACGACAGGUAAUGCAGUUUGGAAGGAUUGACGGCAAUGCUUACAUUUUGGACUUUCAAUAUCCGUUUUCUGCAGUGCAGGCCUUUGCAGUUGCUCUGGCUAACGUGACUCAGCGCCUCAAAUGAAAAGAGCAGAGACUGGAGAGAGAAAAACCUUCUCCUAAUGUCCGAACUGGAAAAUGUCAGGGCGGCCUGUUUUAGGUGCACAAAGGCGCCGGGGAGUGAAGAAGGCAGUAAAACUGGAAAAAUCUCUUGGUGCCCAAAAGAGGGCAUUAACUUUAGUCAUAAUUGGGGUGGGGGAGCUGUUUGUUUGGGUUGGUUUUUUUUUUUUUUUUUAAACAUCGUGCUGGGGUUUCAGAAAGAGCACCAGGAGAGAGCCAUUCAGUGUUAUAUUGGGAAAUGUGGCUUUUGGCUUGUUGUGGUGGUUCUGCUGUGUUUGCUGCAGUAGCUGACGUAAGCUCGUAGGGGGAUUAAAAAAGACUGCUCUCUUUGAUAGACUGCCUUAUAUCAUGCUGUUCUUUUUAAAACAGGGAACAUAACCUUUUUUCUGGUCCAGUUUGUACUACUACAUCAGUGAUAGCAGGAAAAAAAAAAAGCUAUAAUACUUGAAGACACAUGUUUCUUCUCUGAUCAUAGCUGAGCACUGCAGGUACCAAGGAGGUUUAUGAAGGUCAAUAUUUAAUUUAUAAAUACUGAUGUAUUAUUCAGAAGAGAAACAAAACUUACCAUUGGAUGGUUUCAAAACACAUUUCAUCAACGAAGUUGGUGUCUGCUUUUUUUCUGUGCUGUUACUUGGGAUAAAUGUGUUUCACUAGAUGAUGGAGAACAGAAGCGGGAGGAGUUGUGAGAGUUGCAUACAUACAUGUAUAGGUAAGCAGUAUUCUUUGAUUUGUACUACAUGUGUGUAGUACAUAAUGCAGCCUGGUGUAGCACAUGGGCAAGGGUUACACCUCUUCACUAAAAGAUGUUUACAUGUUAAGAACAGAAUUGUUAAAAUAAAUAAAAUGGGCCCAGUGAGUAAAAUUCUUCUAAAUCUAUGGUGAAUCAGAGCAUUGCAUUAAUUGGGAAAGAGAAAGGCAUGUGGUGACAGUAGAAGAUUUCUCAUCACCGCUGGUUGGAGAAAAGGAAGGAAAUACUGGAGAGUACCGCCCCUUUAACCCACCUCCUAUUUGAGUACAGCACUAUAGGCUGUCGUUUGAAUGGUUAACAGUCCAAAAAAAGAAUGGGAAGCCAAAAUGUAUAUAGCUGGUUAUGGCUUUUUAAUCAACUAUAUACAGGAACAAGACUGUUUCUAACUGCAAAUCUGUCUUAUAUAAGUGAAAGCCUGUGUUAGGUGUUUCAAUGGGUAGAGAGAGAUUCUGUUAUUGCUGUAGUGCUCUCUCUCUCACACAUGCACACAUAUUUCUCUGUUGAAUACAGUUUGAUUUGGAAAUGCUUCCCCAGCAACAUAUGAAAACCCUGAUCGUUCAUUAAAUUAAAUUCACAGUAGGUUGCAAAAUGUAACUGUCGAUUUCCUUUAAAAAUACUCUUUCAAAUCAGGACACAUUUAGAAAGAUGGGGUGGUGGCUGGUUUAUCUCGGUCUGCAAACCUCAGUUUUACUCCUUACUAGGAAACCCUUCAUAACUUUGUUUAAAACACAAACCAUACACCAAGAGAGUAAAAUAUAUCACUGUGAUUGUUUGAAAUGUCUGUAAAGGUAGGCUAGACUAAGUAGGCUUGAUUCAUUGCCGGGAACCCAUCAGGGGCACAGGACCCCCAGUGGAGGAAGGGAUGCAGCAGCUCCCUGGCUCCAACGUCCACUGGGGACUCUGAAGCCAGACAACACAGGGUAGGUAAUGCUGGCCAGAGACAGGUUUUGACAAGGAUAUGUAGGGAUGUGCUGAUUCAGAUGAUCUCCCGGGCAACCUCCACCAGUGUGGCCCCAGAAAGACCCACCUGCAAGAUAAUACUGUCCUCCUGUUAUGGAGCCCCUGGGGAGAUGGUGGUAUAAUCCCUGUAUCAUCUUGGGGCUCAGCAGUCUCUGCUUGCACAUGGGAGUGGAUCAAGGCCAAUAUUUCCCUUGGCAUUAACUCUUCUAUUUGCUUUUAUGUAUUCACUUUUGUUGAAACUCCAUCAAUUAGGUGUAUAUCUUUCUGUUACAGAGGAACCCCACCUCCACAGUUAUUUAGUAGCUGAUUUUAGUGACAGCUUCUGGAGUGUGUGUGUGGAGGAGGAAGUAGACCGAGAUCAAAUGGGCUUGGUCCUGCUGACUUUGAAAUCAGUGGGAGUUUGCCAUUGACUUCAGUGGGAGUGAGAUUGGGCCCCAAGUCAGUGCAGAAUUACAUGCUGUUUAGGAAACAGGCUUAUUUCUUACUCACACAAUUUCAGUGGUACUACCCGUAUGAGUGAGGAUUGCGGGGCUUGACCCAAUGGUGCUCCUGAAGAUAUCCUAAUAGCUCUAAUUAAUCCCAUAAGCAAGUCAUAAGCAGUAUUGGAAUAUUGAGACGUGUGCACUGAACAUGUUGAGGCCAAAAGCACAUUGAUUCAUUUCUUCUUUUAGGAAGACAGGUGUUCUGUUGCUUUGGAGAAAUAAUCCUCUUAAAGAGACAUUGUCAACUAAUUUUAGGCCAAGAAUGCAGAUUUAAUGGAAUUAAGUAUGUUUGCACGUGUGCUCAACAUACCUCAUCCAAAUAGAACUGUUUUCAUACUGCUGUUUUCUUUAACUUUCCAGGCAAAGAUUUGUUGUCUUUUUUUUUAACAUUCCCCUGCAGUGUUAUGAACCAAAUUAACAGCAGAAAUGUGCAAAUGCAGGAAAACCAGAAAGCAAAAGUGGUGAAAAAUUAAGUGAAACCUGCCAGUUUAGUUUUAUUAUCCAGGGUCCAUUGGUAUUUGGUUCUGGUAGCACACACAGUGUCUUGGAGCUUUCCAGACAUAGAAGAAGAAUUUGUUCCCACCUCACGGAAGCACAAAAACAAACAACACAAAUAGUGAAAAUGGUGAUUUCUACCUUUCUUUCUGUUUUUAUGUUAUAAGGUAAAGAGUUUUUCUUCUGUAAGUAUGUUGACAGUGUCCCUUUAAGGCAAGUUUAAUGGCAUAAAGACUACCUACAGUUAGGGACAGAUUUUGCCCUCAAUUAAGUAUACACAAUUCCUGCUGAAGUCAAUUGAGUUGUAUAUAUGUAUCUGAGUGUACAAUUGGGUCCUAAAUUAUGAAGACAGCAGGUCACAAUAGUCAUUCUCUUUUCUUUUUUUUUUUCUUUGUAUGUUGAGAGAAAAUUUAAGAAACAACUUUAAAAGCCCUCCAAACUAAUACUUCCACUAAGAUGAUUUUAAUCAUGAAGAUUGCUGUUGCAUUCAAGCCAAAACACUAAUUUUACAUUUUAUAUUUAAGUGUUGCAACCUAGUUUUUGUGUAGACAAUUGUAAGUUCUUCUAGGAAGAAAAUAGCAACAUGUUCUGAAUUACCUAAUUCUUUUAUACAUACAAUAGUUUCCAAUAGUUCAAUAUGGUUUUCAAAAGCUUUUGUUUUUAGUUGUGCAAUAAUUGUUAAGCCAAAGGGCUUACGUUUUGUUUUUUGAGGGGUUGCGUUAUUUUUUAAAGAUAAUUUAAUGCAAAUUUCCUGUUAAUGUCUGAGUCAAAUUAUUUAUCUUGCUUAAUGUAAUAAGUGAUUUAGGGAUUAUUUUAUUACUAUGUACCAGUGAGUUAUACACACUUUCUUAUUUAUAUGAAAAGAGGAUCUUUGUAAUUAAUUGUUUGCUAGCAAUAUGUUUUGCUGCAAGAAAUUGUUUAAGAAUGUGUAUAGGACAACUUUUUUUGCUGGACAAUAUUCAACAUUUUAUAAUGUAGGGAAGAAUCUUGUUUAUCAGGCAGAUGGAAAAAAGUAGAUAUGCUAUUGGGGAUUCUGUAGACUACAUACAGUGUAGAUUUUUUGGGGGGGACCUGCAGAAAUCUUUCCUCUAUACUGUGUAUUUUCCCAUUGUGUUUUAACUGGCUUUUCAGUCACAGAGAUGGUUUAAAAAACACACAUCAUGAUUUGCUUUAUCUUUUCUUAGAGCUAGCCUUGGUUUUGGGGUACAAAAUAGAGGAGGGUUCAUGUAUAAAAUAAGUAUUUUAUAUAUGGCUCACUUUGGGUGACAUUCAUCUCUGUGCAGAGGGCUAGUACACAGCCUGUGCAUCACUGAAAUCCUAGUUAAGGGGCCAGAUUGCCUGUUGCGGUCAAGCUCUGCUCCUGUUACAGCUCCCUGAUUCUGAGGCUAAUCUGAGCUGACCCCAGCCCUGGGAAUGCUUAGAGUAACUGAGAAGCUUUAAUUGGCCCUACAGUGGAGGAUAGGCAGAGCGGAGCACCUUUACACCAGCAGUGACUUCCCCUAUGCCAGGGGAUUUCCCUGCUGGCCUAUUUGCAGCAAGAAUCCAUCCCCAUUGCACUGCCUGAGUGGCACAAAGGGGCCAGAUUUCAUUUGACAAUUUGGCUCUAGCCCUCAAAAUGUGGUGUAAGUGGGUCCAAAAAAUAAUACACAGACCUUGUCGGCCCUCUGCAGAAGAGUGAAUUUCAUCCUGAGAACCCCUGGUACUAUUCAGCAGUAGUACUAUGGUUCUAGAAUAGCAGAAAUAAAUAGGGGAGGGAGAUGAAAGUAGCAUAAAGGAAAAUUAUUGGGUCAAGUUAAUAGGUUUACAUUCAUUCCCAGAGCAGGCAAUGGCAAUUUCCAUAUGCAGUCAAAAUGAUUGUGCGUAUUAGGAGCUGUACAGUAAAUUUGCACUAGGGGCCACCUCAAAUAGGUAAACUCCAUCUUAACCAACCUCUUUGAAGUAUCCCCAAGGUUUACAGUCCACUUCUGUUCCAUGUUUCAAUGAAGAUUCACUGCCACUAUGAGGCAAUCAGACUUUGCUUGUGCUUUGAGUUGUUGCUUCAGAUAAUUUGAGUACAGUUAUUUCUGAAGUCUGUUUUUUGUGGCUAUGUUACAUCUGGUUGCCCAAUGAGCACUUAGCAACUGUGUAAAUCUUCAUCUGAAAGGGUGAACAUGGUGGAGGAGGAGCAGCUUUGACA